AAAGGAGUGGACGCAUCCUUGACGCCCUUCCUUGUGCUUCAGGGAAUGGUUUAUUUAACAGGCUUUGGGCUUUGAUUACAAGCCGCCGUGAGGGAUGCCGGGUUUGAGCUGGGACACCAUCAACAUUUUAAUCAACAAAAUAUCAGUGGAGCGAAUGCUUUCUGGCAGGCAGGGUUUGAGGAGUUGCUCAGAGGAGCUCACGCUGGGCUCUGGAAAUGCAAGCCAAGGGAGCAUCACCCCCUCUGAAUUGGACCAGGAAUACAUCAAGUGCAUUCAGGCUGUGGCCCAGCUGGCCACGUGCUGGAUGGAGAGAAGCAUAAAGCAUCCUGAAGGGGAAAUGGGAGUCAUGAUGGUGCUGUGAGCCAGGCAUGGUGGUACACCAGUAAUUCCAGCACUCAGGAGACUGAAGCAGGAGGAUUGCUCAUGGAGACUUCUUGGGAGGAGACAAGACCAGAGGGGUCAUUAUGCAUGGAAUUCACCCUUCGUGAAUGGAAUCAGCACUGUUACCCAGGAGCCCCGAGUGAACGUCUCUGCUCCUUUUCCAUAUGAGGAUGCAGUAUGAAGUGAGCUGGACAUGAUUUCCACGAGGGUGAUGGACAUUAAGCUUCGGGAGGCUGCGGAAGGCCUUGGCGAGGACAGUGCAGGAAAGAAAAAAUCCAAGUUCAAAACGUUCAAGAAGUUAUUUGGGAAGAAGAAGAGGAAGGAAUCGCCUUCAUCCACGGGACACAGUGCCUGGAAACAGAAUCCGGCCAAGAGCGAGGUCAUUCCCAUCGAGUCCGGGCCGGUGGGCUACGACUCCGAGGAUGAGCUUGAGGAGUCCAGGGGCACGUUGGGCAACCGGGCCCUGUCGCAUGACAGCAUUUUCAUUCCUGAGGCGGGACAGGACCCUGCUCGGCCCGUGCGGGUGUUUUCCCAAGAAAAUGUGUGCGACCGGAUUAAAGCCUUGCAGUUAAAAAUACAGUGUCAUGUGAAGAUGGGGCCACCACCUCCAGGAGGGCUGCCCAUCAAGCGGGCCGAGGACACCGGCAUGAGCUCCGAGGAUGACGGGCUACCCCGGAGCCCCCCCGAGAUAUCUCUGCUGCACGACGUGGGUGCGGGCCCAACCAUAAAGGUCUGCCUCGUGUCCUCAUCACGGCCUCAGUCCCCAGACCACACGAACAGUGCCACCGUCUCCUCCCGGACCUCAGAUAGCAGCCUGGCACCUGUGGCUGACUUCAGCCAGCCCCCAGAGUCCUCCUCCUGCCUGGACAACUCUGCAGCCAAGCACAAGCUCCUAGUGAAGCCACGCAACCAGCGGUCCAGUAAGAUGAGGCGGCUGUCCUCGAGGGCCCAGUCUGAAUCCCUGAGCGACCUGACCUACACCCCCGAGGAAGAGGAAUCCGAUGAGAAACCAAUGCUCGAAGUCAGCAUGGAGGAGAAUCCCAGCUCCGGGCAACAGGAUUUGAUGCUGGACAGAGACCCUGAGCCUGGGGCAGCUGUCACCUUGCUGCCACUCGGGGGACCCCGUGCCAGACGUGCCCGCCUGCAGCACAGCCCGGCACUCAGUGCCAGUGUGGAGGAGAGCAGUGUCCUCGGGGACAUCCCCUCAAGUCGUCCGACCACCCCAGAGGUCACUGAGUCUGUGGCAGUCCCAGCGCCCUGCACGGAGCCCCCAUCUCUACCAGAAGGCUCUCUGCACCCCAUUCCUGACAUUGAAAUCCAGGAGGAGGAGGAGCUGGCCACUGCAAGCCCGUGUCCCCUUGAAGAGGACAGAGAUGAGGAGAUGGUUUGUGCUUCUGGUGAUGUGGAAAGUGCAUUGCCUACCAAUGUCCCUGCAGUGGACAUAGCACCUCUCGACACAACACCUCCUGAGGUUGUCACUGCCACUACCUUGGAGAUACCCAGUGAUGCAGACAGCCCAGACCAAAGCCUCCAGCAGGAGGCAGAACCCACAUUAGCAGUGCCCAGCCCCAAGGCAGCCGGGACAGAGCCGGCCGCGGGCCCCACCCCGAGUCCUCCCGGGCCUAAGAGCUGUUUGAAGCACAGGGCUAUGACAGUGGCUGAGGACCUCAGUGUGUCCCCAGCACCCAUCACAGAGCCACCUCUGCAGGAGCCCAGUCCCCGUGCCCUGGGCACCGAGGCUGUACCUCCUGAGCAUCCUGAGGCUGUGCCCCCAGAGCACCCCAAGGCUGAGCACACAGAGUCCCCUAAGAGUGGUCCUGAGAGGGGGACUCCAGGACGGAAAAAUGAACGGGGUGCUGGUGGCAGUGGCGGGGAGCUGCGGGGUGGGAAGAAGUUUUCAGUGUCUUCGUGCAGGGCGCGGCCACGCCCAGGAGGCCCUCGCCCUCUGGGUCCCACUGGCCCGGCUGUCCCCACUGUCUCUGCAAUCCGAUUGCCCCUGGCACGCAGUGGCCUGGCCUGGAGGAGCGAGGCGGCCCUUGAUGAUCUCCGUGUGCUCCCCGACCCUCAGACCAGGAAAUUGGACCCUCAGAAACCAGCAGAGCCUGAGUCUCAGGACUCGGGGGACCUCGAGGCCACCACAUCAGGCACAACAGAGCCUUGCCUGGCUGCUGCGGAGCCACCCCCAUGUGAGGACAGAAACCCCUUCCCUGUCAAGCUGCGGUCCACCUCCCUGUCUCUCAAGUACAGAGAGGGACCCUCCCAGGAAGCCAAGGGCCUCAAGAGGUACAGUGCCGAGGUCAGGUUAGAAAGAGGAGGGCUGGCUCUGCUCCCCAAAGAUGAGCAGGAUCACACUGGAACUGCCCCUGUGCUCCGAGGUGCCAGGUCCCCCAGCAGCCAGGGGAAAGGGAAGGCGCGAUCCCCUGAACAGCCCAGCUCCAAGCCACCCCUACCCAGGAAGCCACUACUACAGAGCCUCACCCUGGCCUACCUGCCUGACACCAGCCCUGGAGAGCCUGAGAAAGUGACCCUGCCUGCAGACCCCAGGAAGGACAGCAGAGUGGAGAAGAAGCCGGGGCGCAGAGGAGCUGAGAAGGAUCCACCUGAGGCAGCACCAGGUCCAGCAGCUGACGGGCAGCCCACGCCACCCUGGAUCACCAUGGCCCGCCAGAAGCGACGAGGGGCCCCCGACCAGCUACCAAGUCAGGAAGACAAGCCAGGAACGCGGACCCUGAAGUCGGAAACAGGGAAGCAGGCCAAGGUGCCCGAGAGAGCCCAGGAGCCUGUGAAACAGGUUGACUUUGUCCGCAGCAAAUCUUUUCUGAUGACCCCUGCUAAGCCCAUGGUGACCCAGAAGCAGGGCGCUAAGCUGAGCCUCAAGGAGGGGCUGCAGAGGGGAAUCUCCCUGUCCCAUCAGAACCUGGCAGCUCAGGCUGUGGCGAUGACGGAGAAGGAGUUGCACCAGCUGAAGAGAGCCAGCUACGCCAGUGCAGAGCAGCCCUCCUGGAUGGAACUCGCCAGGAAGAAAUCUCAAGCUUGGAGCGACAUGCCCCAGAUCAUAAAGUAGGCUGGCAGCACGCUGAUGAAGAAUGUGUGCUCCCUUGACAGGCCACUUAGUUAAAAACUGCCAAUAAAUCAUGGCAAACAGACUGUGCGACUUAAGAUUGAUUUUAUCACCCAGUUAUGACAAGCUCGGGAAGAGGAAGGAACCAAGUGAAGCGGAGAGAACAAACAGCCAUAACCCUGGACCAGAGGGGCCCCAACAAAAACCACACCAGAAAAAAAAUUCAGGAAAGAGUUCCCAUGCCCAGGGGCAUGAAUGCAAGCCUGUUAGAACUCCCUGUGAAAAGAAGCCCCAGACAGAGCCGAAAAAUGGAAGUGAAAUGUGGAUUUAUAAAUCAGACACCCCAAAAGACCCAAACCGAAGCCAUCCCAGGAGUGCCCACAUUUGUGCUUCUGCUGAAGAUCAGCCUGCACCUGACCACUGUCUUGCCUGUCUUCUCCUUCUGUGUUUACCACUAGGCAUGACAUUUGUGAUAAAACAGGGAUGCAUUUUCUAGAGCAGCUAUACGACGACAAUCAGGUUUCCUGAAGAGAGCCACUCUUGAGGAGGAGAGGAAGGAACGUGGCAGGGUUCAUCCAUCCAUAGACUGUUUCCAAAAAUAAUUUUUAAACUUUUCCACUCAGCGUCUGUGUCCUCAACCUUUGCACAAUGCAUCGCCUGUUUAAUAAAAGGUUUCAAACAUG